GAGGUAGCAGCAGGUGGCCCUCUGACAUAGCAGAGGUGGUGCUUGCUCUCUCUCUGUCUCUGAGCAGAGGAUGUCCAGGGCAGACCCGGGAAAGAAUUCCGAGCCCAGUGAGAGCAAGAUGAGCCUGGAGCUGAGGCCAACAGCCCCCAGCGACCUGGGCCGCAGCAAUGAAGCCUUUCAGGAUGAAGACCUUGAACGGCAGAACACUCCAGGAAACAGCACAGUCAGGAACAGAGUUGUACAAAGCGGGGAACAAGGACACGCCAAACAGGACGACAGGCAGAUCACGAUUGAACAGGAGCCUCUAGGAAACAAAGAAGACCCAGAGGAUGAUAGCGAAGAUGAGCAUCAGAAAGGGUUCUUGGAGAGGAAGUAUGAUACAAUUUGUGAGUUUUGUAGAAAGCACAGAGUUGUUCUCCGAAGCACCAUCUGGGCCGUUUUACUGACAGGUUUCCUGGCCCUGGUGAUUGCAGCCUGUGCGAUAAACUUCCACAGAGCCCUUCCUCUUUUUGUGAUCACCUUGGUGACCAUCUUCUUUGUCAUCUGGGAUCACUUGAUGGCCAAAUAUGAACAGCGAAUAGAUGAUUUCCUGUCUCCUGGCAGAAGGCUUCUCGACAGGCAUUGGUUCUGGCUGAAAUGGGUGGUCUGGAGUUCAUUGAUCCUGGCGAUUAUUCUCUGGCUGUCUCUUGACACUGCCAAACUGGGCCAACAAAACUUGGUAUCCUUUGGCGGACUCAUCAUGUACCUUAUCCUGUUAUUUCUGUUUUCCAAACAUCCCACCAGAGUUUACUGGAGGCCUGUCUUUUGGGGAAUUGGACUACAGUUUCUUCUUGGGCUCUUAAUUCUAAGAACUAGGCCUGGAUUUGUUGCUUUUGAUUGGAUGGGGAGACAAGUUCAGACUUUCCUGGGGUACACUGAUACUGGAGCCAGGUUUGUCUUUGGGGAAAAGUAUACAGACCACUUCUUUGCAUUUAAGAUCCUGCCCAUCGUGGUUUUCUUCAGCACCGUGAUGUCUAUGCUUUACUAUCUGGGGCUGAUGCAGUGGAUCAUCAGAAAGGUCGGGUGGCUAAUGCUUGUCACGAUGGGGUCAUCUCCCAUUGAGUCUGUAGUUGCUGCUGGCAACAUAUUUAUUGGGCAAACAGAGUCUCCACUACUGGUCCAACCAUAUUUACCACACGUCACCAAGUCGGAACUCCAUACCAUCAUGACAGCUGGCUUUGCCACGAUUGCUGGAAGUGUAUUGGGCGCAUAUAUCUCUUUUGGGGUGUCGUCCACGCAUUUGCUAACUGCCUCGGUCAUGUCCGCACCUGCAGCCCUGGCUGUGGCCAAACUCUUUUGGCCUGAGACAGAGAAACCCAAAAUAACCCUCAAGAGUGCCAUGAAGAUGGAAAAUGGUGAUUCAAGGAAUCUCCUGGAGGCAGCCUCUCAGGGCGCAUCCUCGUCCAUCCCUCUGGUGGCAAACAUUGCUGCGAAUCUGAUCGCCUUCCUGGCCUUGCUCUCCUUUGUGAACUCUGCCCUGUCUUGGUUUGGAAGCAUGUUCAACUACCCAGAGCUGAGUUUUGAGCUCAUUUGUUCCUACAUCUUCAUGCCCUUCUCUUUCAUGAUGGGAGUCGACUGGCAAGACAGCUUUAUGGUCGCCAAACUCAUAGGUUACAAGACAUUCUUCAAUGAAUUUGUGGCUUAUGACCACCUCUCAAAAUUAAUCAAUUUGAGGAAAGCGGCUGGACCUAAAUUUGUGAAUGGCGUGCAGCAAUAUAUGUCAAUUCGCUCUGAGACCAUCGCAACCUAUGCCCUCUGUGGUUUUGCCAAUUUUGGUUCCCUAGGAAUCGUGAUCGGUGGACUUACAUCCAUAGCACCAUCCAGAAAACGAGACAUCGCCUCUGGAGCCAUGAGAGCCCUGAUUGCUGGCACCAUUGCCUGCUUCAUGACAGCCUGCAUCGCAGGCAUCCUCUCUGAUACCCCGGUGGAUAUCAACUGCCAUCACGUUCUAGAGAACGGCAGAGUACUCAGCAACACAACCGAAGUGGUGUCUUGUUGCCAAAAUCUGUUCAACAGCACUGUUGCCAAGGGACCAAAUGACGUCGUCCCAGGAGGAAACUUCAGCCUCUAUGCUUUGAAGAGCUGCUGCAACCUGCUGAAACCACCAACGCUGAACUGCAAUUGGAUCCCUAAUAAAUUGUGAUCUCAGCCAUGUGUCCAGUGGGAUUCUGCAUGCAGAUGCUGGAGUUCCUGCCCUGGAGGGGAUAGAAAACUCCGUCAUGGACUCAGACUUAAUGGCAAAGGAGGAACAAGGUCAGGAGUGAGUCCUCCUGAGCUACAGUGUCUCCCUUCUCCUUUCUCUCCUUAGCCCACCAUCUCUGCAUGGAGAACUAGGAUGUUGUCCCUAGCUGAGGUGUGAUCCUAAGCCCCAACAAUAUUUUCUGACUUUAUAGUUUCAAGGCAUUUCAUGAAAAAAUAUGUGUAUAUAAACAAAUAUAUACACAUAUAUAUGUCUGUGUGUAUAUGUAUAUAUAUACACAUGUAAUAGUAUAUAUAUGCAUACCAUAUAUAUUUAUAUAAAUAUAUAUAUACCAAUAUAUAUGGUAGUUCCCAGCAACUGGGCCAGAUAGAUAGAUAGAUAGAUAGAUAGAUAGAUAGAUAGAUAGAUAGAUAGAUGUGUGUGUGUGUGUGUGUGUGUGUGUGGUAGUUCCCAAUAUGAUUUAAACACAUCUCAGGCAAGGUCAUUCCACCCUCACUCAAGGUCAUCUGAAAUACCUUCAACUUGAAUCUCAUGUGAAGGAGGGCUAUUCUGCAAUGGCCCAUUCAUUCGCUACCAUCCAGAAGUUUCUCAUAGAUCAAGAGUCCUUCAGAAAAGCACGCAGGCCAUACGAAAGCCAAUACUUGAGUCCAUAAACAUAGAGCCUUGUAAGCAGCAAGCUUCCAUCCACCUAUGCUGCAGAGACUCCCCGCUAACUUCAACAUCUUACAAAUCUUUUACGGAUAUGUUUGAAAUGCUCGGCUUCAAGAUUCUAAGUCUCAUCAGCCUCAGAGGCUUGUAAGCAGUCGUCCUCCAUCUUUUUAAAGUUAACAUUGUAUUUUUUGAAUGAAUAUCUUUUAUUCUUUGGCAAUUUUACACAUGUGUAUAAUGUACUUUGAUCAUACCUACCCUUAAUUCCCACUGCCCCCACCCUCCUAGACACCCCUCAGCUUGUCUCCACCUCACCUUCUUGCCCUCUCCUCUAUGUUUUGUAACCUUCUGAGUCUAGGGCUGCCUGCCACAAUGUUGCCUGGCACUGUUGGCUUGAUCUUGUGGGAGUGACCAUUUCUUCUGUAACUUACUAAGUCUAGGGUUGCCUGCAACAAUGUUGCCUGGCACUGUUGGCUUGAUCUUGUGGGAGUGACCAUUUCUACCUUGAGCUCAUGAGUGCAAAGUCUGUCCUGUUCGGAAGACAGCAUCUCACAGCUCUUCCCCAGCCCCUGGCUCUCACAUUCUUUCCUCCCCAUCUUGAGCUCUAUUCCCUGUGCCGCAAGGAAGUAGCUAUAAAUGUUCCAGUUGGAGCUGAGCACUCUGUAGUUGUGUAUUCUCACAUUUAUCAUCCAUGAGUCUCUGCAUUGCUAAACUGGGGUUUAAUCAUGUCUGUUUUCAGUACCCUGGCUAAAAGAAGUGGUCCCUAUAUGGGUUGACCUUAGGGAAACAUGCAGAAACAGUGUAAUAGCUCUUAACUUUGCUGCUAGGAGCCAGAUUUGGUGCACACUCCUGUAUUCCAGCUCUGGGAAGCUGAGACAGGAAGAUUAUGAGCUCAAAACCAGCACAGGGUACAUAGCAAGAGUGUGUCUCCAAGCAGCAACAGCAAAAUUUAUACAAGGUAAUAACACUCUUCAUUUCCACUCUGUGCUGUGAGCCAGAGAAGUUCUGUGACAAGGAGGUGUCUGAGGCCAUAAAUGAACUAUCCCUGUCACAAGAGGAAAACAGUGGACACUUUUUUUUUUUUUUUGGUUUUUCGAGACAGGGUUUCUCUGUGUAGCCCUGGCUGUCCUGGCACUCACUUUGUAGACCAGGCUGGCCUUGAACUCAGAAAUCCACCUGCCUCUGCCUCCCGAGUGCUGGGAUUAAAGGCGUGCGCCACCACGCCCGGCUACAACAGUGAACACUUUGAAGAAGUCAAUAGACUACCAAGGUGCCUGACAUCCAAGUCUCUGUGAUUGUGUAUAUAGACCUGUUGAUGUGCAAUUUUGUUACAUUCCUGAUUAAGACUGUAAAACAUUAGUGCUCAGUCAAAAAGCCACGUAAGGGCCAACUAUGAAGGACACUCAAUGCCCACUGAGGUGGGGAUGGCUUUCACUGGCUCUCCUGUCAAUCAGCAAGACACCAGCAUCAUGAGUGCUCCCUGGGGGUUAUCAGCAGAACUCGCUUUAACGAAAUAAGUAUCGACGGUGCAGAGAACACACUGAGGAAAACCUGAGCCAAAGACGACUCAAAAGGAAGAGUGUCAGCGGGGAAAGGGUUAUGCAAUACCUUAGAUGAUGUAUUCUGUUUCCCCUUCUGACCAUGCACGAGAGCAAUUAAAAAAUAAUCUAUGCAUAAA